GCAAGAAAUACSGCAAGACUUUUUGGACAACCUAAUGCAUGUAUAUGAACGUUGUGUGAAAGGUAUUAUUAUUUUGUCUUGUAUGUAUUUUUUAUCUAAUCGAAGCGGGCAAACAACAAAUCAACAAUGCAUACACGACGCUUUUUCACAAGUUAUCGUUCGUACACAUUUAACGGUGACGAUACUUUUGCUAACACGAGUAGAGCGUUUAGUCGAUGGCUGCCCAUAUACGAAGUGAACGCGAUAAAAGGCAACGCCUUGAUAAGGAGGAACUUCGAAAGCUUGCGUAAAAAGUAAAGAAUUUUCUGGUUAUUUGCGAAAUGGAUCGUUCAAAAAUGGUUUCUUACGAGACAAUGGCGUCUAUAUGCUUAAAAAUACUGAAACUGCUCAACAACAUCGGCGUACUAGUCUUAUACCGCACGGGGAACGGCGGCGAUUUCUUAGGUAUCGGUGGCAAUUGGAAUUUACAGGAAAGGCAUAAUGCUUCCCUUGAAAUGCUUGCUUCUGGUAUCUUUGUUGGAUUUGUUAUAUAUACAGCCGUAGUUAUUAUUGGAUACUGUUUUGGAGAUAACACAAAUAAGCGAGACUUGACUGAUAUUCUUAUGAAUACAAUUGGAGCCGUAUUGUGGAUAACAGUAGGUGGGAUAUCAAUACACUUCUGGUUUGGUUACAUGACCGAUGGUAGUUUUGCAUAUGCCAGCAGUGAACGUACUGUUGGUUUAACAAUGGGCGCAUUGUGCGUUUCUCAGGGUGCUCUUUAUAUAGUGGAUACUAUUUUGGGAUGCACUCUAUACUAUAAAGGCCUCACAGAGUAUGCCGUCAUAAGACAGUAUACGUUGGAGUAAAUAAGACGCUACUUCACGAAACUUAAAAACUUUCAUAUUCAAAAUAUGUACUAUAUAUUAUAUAACUUUUAGCAAGUA